AUGGCGCUGGUUUUCGAUGAGAACCUCUCCUCGCAAAAGCUGGCCGACAUCCUGCCGAUCGGCGUCGCGAUUCUCAACAACCAAGACGAAUUGGUUUCUGCUAAUCGCCGCUUACGGGAGCUGAUAAGAUAUUCCAGUAUCAAAUUUCCUCAGUGCUGGCUGCAAUCAAUCCACCCAGAAGAUUAUAAUCGGGUGGCCACUGGGUACUAUGAAGCCAUAGCAUCCAAACGGGCCCUGCACAUCGAACACCACACGAGCGAGCCUGACUGCCUGUGGCGUGUAGCAACCUUGAAUCCACUGGAUGGCUCCGAUCUACGGCGCUCCAGUCUAGACAACGAUGGUGGGUUUAUUUAUACAGUUGCGGAUAUAACCACCGAGGAGCAAGCCGAGCUGUCGCAGAGACAGAUCGCACAGGAGGUACAAAAACGCAGGGAGCAACAGGAGCGCUUUAUUGACAUGAUCAGUCACGAAAUUCGAAACCCUCUUUCUGCUGUCCUGCAUUGCACCGAGGACAUUCUCGAAGCGAUGCGUGGUAAGAAAAAGGAGGAUAUUCUACUAUCGCAAAUCACAGAGGCAGCAGAGACCAUCAGUCUCUGUAUUGCCCACAAAGAACCAAUAGUCAAUGACGCCCUGACAAUUUCCAAGCUCGAUGCAUCAAUGCUUUCGCUGUCGCCGAGACGAGUUCAACCAAAAUGUUACCUCAUAUCGCCACUGGCCAUUUUUCGGCCCGAGCUCCGGAAACAAAACAUUCAAUUCGAGUACAAAUUCGAUUAUUCCUACGGUGAAUUCGGAGAACGAGCGAAUGAUCCAAGUCUCCAUGGGAGCUUCAAUGGACAGGCCAUCAUCCUGCCCCCAAAUGUGGUAUUCUUUCGUUUAGACGACACCACAUUAUGCCUAGACGCGACCGGGACCCCCGAGUGGGGAAAGGGUCAAAUGGCGUACAUCAUGGUCGCCGUCAAAGACACAGGCAUUGGCAUCACCGAACUUGCGCAGAAACAGCUGUUCGAACGCUUCAAUCAAGCUACACCGAGGACAGAGAGCACCUAUGGUAGUUCUGGCCUUGGUCUCAGUGUCAGCAGAAAGCUCUGCCACCUACACGGCGGGGAGAUUGGCUUAUGUAGCGACAUCCAAGCACUGGGAAAUGAAAUGACCGGAGUUAAUCAAAGGACUGAAGAACCCGAGAUCUCAGAAAACCCCAUUAUGGCUCAUAUCGCGGGUGUAAACACAGAUAGCAAUGACGACCAGAGAACGAGGCAUACAUCCGAGUUGGCACGCCAAGUUUCAGAUAAAAGCAUUGUGAACAAACAUCAAAGCCAAUCUGCUGAUUGUGGUGAUGAAACAACACGUCGGCACAUUCUCUUGGUCGAAGACAAUAUCAUCAACAGGCGAAUCAUCUCACGCAAACUGAGUUCCUUCGGAUUCCACAUUUCAGAAGCGAGCAACGGCCAAGAAGCGCUUGAUGUCGCCCAGCACGACAUAUUUGACUGCAUUCUCAUGGACCAAGAGAUGCCUGUGAUGGAUGGUAACUUGGCGACGAAGGCAAUACGCGAUUUUGAAAAGGAGACCGGGACACAUGUUCCUAUGCUGGGUGUGACCGCGAACGUGAGAGCAGUGCAAGAAACCGAAAUGCUACGCGCUGGAAUGGACUAUAUCAUUCACAAGCCAUACGGGACGGACGAGCUUAUCGAGAGGAUAUAA